CUUUGAUGUCAAUGAUGAUCAGACCGAACAAGGCUUUGUGAUUAUUUUGUUGCUUUUUGUGAAAUCAGUUUUGUGCGUCCUUUCCUACUGCUUUGCCUUCAUUAUGAAACCCCGCUUGGACAAGUUGGAGUAGAGUCGAGCAUCCAUCCCUUGCACAGCAGCUGAGACGGUGUUGGUGACAAAUGGUUAUCAUGGUUAUGGGCCAUUCAGUCUCACUCAAGUGAAUUAGAUGUGCAUGUGCAACGUGUAGUUGGAAACAAUAGAGGUAUGAGCAGUGAUUCACAAAUCCUCCCCUCCUCGGAGAGGGAGGACGACCCUACUGGAUCGGUGGUGCACCUAUCUGAGCUCUCCACUGACCUGCAGAACCUGCGUUUGUCUGAUUCCUUGGCGGAUGCAGUACUUAUCGUUGAGAAGAAGCGAUUUCCUGUUCAUCGAGUGGUCUUGGCUGCUCGGUGUGAAUAUUUUCGAGCCCUCUUUUAUGGUGGAAUGCUCGAGUCUGCGCGCGAUCCGUCGAAUGAAGUAGAGCUGAAGGAAACUCCGUCUGAAGCAUUCUCUCAUUUGCUUUGUUAUGUCUAUGAAGGACAAAUCCAGUUGUCUUCACUUAGCAGCCAGACACUGCUGGAACUUGUGGCUCUGGCAAACCAGUUCAAUCUGCCACCGCUGCAAACCGCUGUGUGUGACUAUUUGGUGUCCAACUUGACGGUGAGUAAUGCCUGCUCCACGCUGGACAUGGCCAUCUUCUUUGGACUGAAGCAUGUACGCGAGAGCUGCUCGGCAUACAUCGAUAGGAAUGCUGAGAACAUACUGAAGACUUCUGGGCUAUUUCAGCUAUCUAAAGAAGCACUGGUGGAGAUGCUGCAGCGUGAUUCGUUCUUCGCGCCCGAGAUUGACAUCUUCAAGGCAGUAGCAGAGUGGUGCAAAGCCAACAGUGAAUCCGCGUUACCAUCGGUGGAGGUGAGUGAGAAAUCAGCUAGCUCCUGUACUGGGUGCUAUGAGGAUGUUCUCGGUCACGUUCGACUGCCGCUAAUCAGCAUCAGUGACUUGUUUGGUGCAGUCCGUGCCAGCAAGCUCUUCAGUGACACCUUCCUACUGGACAGCAUCGAGAAGAGGUUGGCGAACGAUGUCGCCAAGCCUCACUGCCGUGGAAGAAUGGUUCCCAACAAGUGGCUUAUUAACACUAGCUGUACGGCGAUCAGUGGAAAGAAUGCUGCUCUGUUGCUGUCGGAUAUCAACUAUGCAACGUCUGAGAUUCCCAUGCAUCGCUUUCCAGCUGACUCGGAGGCGGACUCUGCUGCAGGCAUUACAGUCUGUCUGCCAUGCCCGCAUGUUAUCAACCUGGUCACUCUGCAACUAUCAGCCAAGCCGGCGCACUUCUCAAGCUACCGCGUGUUCGUGGGCCUGGACUCCAACGACAAAGAGCAGCCGGUUGUCUAUCGGCAGCUGUUUGAUUACUCGCGCUACCACUGCCGAGCGCACCAACACCUGCAUUUUGAACCCUGUGUUGCACGGUAUAUCCGUGUAGUUGGGAUGUCCGCAUCGUACUCACAGCGCGAUUUUCAGCUGCUCAAGUUAGAUGCUAUGUACACGACAAAGUUGGUGCCGUUCUGCGAUGGAUUGAAAGUUCCUGAGGAGAAUGUUGCUCACAUCCACAAGGACGCCAUUGUGUUGGAAGGCGUAAGCCGAAUAAGGAAUUCCGUGAUCGACGGCCAGUAUCACGAUUUCAACUGGGACGCUGGUUACACGUGCCACCAGAUCGAGAAUGGCUGUAUCAUCAUCGCUCUGGCACAACCAGUCAUUGCCACGUCGAUGCGGCUUCUCUUGUGGGACUGUGAUGGACGACAGUAUAGCUAUUGUGUGGAUGUCAGCCUGGACAAUGAGAGUUACCAUCGUGUCUGUGACAAGACUAAGCACCUCUGCAGGUCAUGGCAAACGAUUCGCUUUGACUCUCAGCGAUUCUCCUAUAUCAAACUUAUCGGCACCUACAACUCUGAAAACGAGGUAUUCCACUGUGUGCACUUUGAAUGCCCGGCAAGUCCCAGCACCAACGCUCUGGCCGUAGCCAGUGCCGAGGCUAAACCAGACGUCUUAAAAUCCCAAUCUGUGGCCAAUGAACAGCAAGCGGAGCAACUUAUGGACAGCACGGGGCCAUAACCACGUCAGCUAAUAUCUGCUGGCAUGGUGGAUACAUUGAGCGGAUGUACCGGUGCUGCUCGGGUAAUUAUGGCUGUGUGCUGCAAACGUUUCAAAAAGCCAAUGUAGUGGAAGCUGGCUCUCUCCUUAUAGUGCACUGUCGAUAUAAUUAUGCCGGGAGAUCUUAGUUGCUUCUUCUUUCUUUUUUAAGUAGUUUUGCGUAGUGCAUAGAGCAUUAGGUUUAGUCCCAGGGGGAGACAUUAUGUAGAUAUGGUGCAUGUAGGCGAGUAGUGUAAUAAUUAGAUUUUCUCGUGCGCAGCAUACAGGAGCAGUGCCUUCUUCAGCUCGUGCUUAUUCUCACUUCGCACGGCGCGGCCAACAUUGAUGCUGUCCAUCUCUGCCUGGCUGUAGGAUAGCACUCACGAGGACUUGAUUCACUACCGGUCGUCAGAAAAGAUCUUGAUAUUGGUCGGGCACAACGACGAAGAAAUUUGUUUAAAUCUGCUUUGUUCCUUUUCUUCACACUGCUUUGUUCUGCUAUAUAUAUGAUGGAACUGUCCGAACAUGACAACACAUAAAGGGCCUUAAUAUCUUAUUAUUGUAACAUAGAUUAAUUACCAGCCGCGACCACUGACAAUUACGGUAUUGCCGGUACAUGUACCGUAUUUUCCCCAAUAAAUGUACAGUGCUUUUAUUUUUUCAAAGGUGGUCAAACCUGUACUAGUAUUGGAGACGUGUACUUUUAUUGUUUCUGGAAA